AGCAAGAUUUGUUAGGAGGCUGCUCCUUCUCUUGUAAAACAAUGGUGCUGCUUUCAGAGAGCUGCAAGUGAGACUGAGGGUCAAGUCCCUUUAAAAAAAAAAAAAGUGAAAUACAGUAUUGUGCAUCUUGAAAUCUGAAACCAAGAAACAGAAGUGCAAGGGAAACAAGGGGAAAGUCUUGCAAUUCUCGAGGACAGCUGUUUCAAGUGGAGUUUUAAGGAAUAAAAAAAAUUAUAUAUAUACAUAUUUAAAGGUCAUUGAAUGGCUUUUGUGGAGAAACCUGUGAAAUAAAGGAGCCUUGGAAGAAGAGAUUUCUUUUUCUCCUCCGCUCUGGAUAUAAUGGCCAUUGCAAAGGAAAGCAUCUUAAGAUUUGGCUUCAAAUGGCUCUUCCUAGCAACUUUCAUGCUAGCCUGUGAUGGACAAGGUGGAAAGAGAGAGAACGGUGGUCCUGCCUGUUACGGAGGAUUUGAUUUGUAUUUCAUUCUAGACAAAUCAGGAAGUGUCCUGCACCAUUGGAAUGAAAUAUAUCAUUUUGUGGAACACUUGGCCCGCAAGUUCAUAAGCCCUCAGCUGAGGAUGUCCUUCAUUGUUUUUUCAACUAGAGGGACAAUUCUAAUGAGGUUAACAGAAGACAGGGAGCAGAUACGCCAGGGACUGGAAGAGCUGCAGAAAGUCCUUCCUGGAGGUGACACAUACAUGCACGAAGGAUUUGAAAGGGCAAGUGAACAGAUUUACUAUGAAAAUGUUCACGGUUACAGAACUGCAAGUGUCAUCAUUGCGUUGACAGAUGGAGAACUACAUGAAGACCUAUUUUUCUACUCUGAGAGGGAGGCUAAUCGGUCACGUGACCUGGGAGCAACAGUAUAUUGUGUUGGUGUGAAAGACUUCAAUGAGACCCAGCUGGCUAGAAUUGCCGACAGCAAAGAUCAUGUCUUUCCAGUGAAUGACGGUUUUGAAGCCCUUCAGGGGAUCAUAGACUCUAUUUUGAAGAAAUCCUGUAUAGAAAUUCUGGCAGCAGAGCCUUCCAGUAUAUGCGCAGGGGAGUCGUUCCAGGUUGUUGUGAGAGGAAAUGGAUUUCGACAUGCCCGUAACGUUGACAGAGUGCUCUGCAGUUUCAGGAUCAAUGACACGGUUACUCUCAAUGAGAAGCCUUUUGUAGUGGAAGACACCUACUUACUCUGCCCAGCACCUGUGCUACGAGAAGUUGGCAUGGAAGCAGCUCUCCAAGUCAGUAUGAACGAUGGUCUGAGCUUCAUCUCUAGCUCCGUCAUCAUCUCCAGCACACACUGUUCAGAUGGGACCAUCCUGGCUAUUGCGUUGUUGAUCCUCUUCCUCCUGCUGGCGUUGGUUCUUCUCUGGUGGUUCUGGCCUCUUUGUUGCACGGUGAUCAUCAAAGAGCCCCCCCCGCCUCCUGCAGAAGACAGUGAGGAGGAGGAUGAUGAUGGCCUUCCAAAGAAGAAAUGGCCAACAGUAGAUGCCUCUUAUUAUGGUGGACGAGGAGUUGGCGGCAUCAAACGAAUGGAGGUGCGCUGGGGAGAAAAGGGCUCUACAGAAGAAGGCGCUAAGUUAGAGAAAGCUAAGAAUGCUAGAGUCAAGAUGCCAGAACAGGAAUACGAGUUCCCUGAACCCAGGAACCUUGCAAACAACAUGCGCAGGCCUUCCUCUCCUCGGAAGUGGUACUCUCCAAUCAAGGGGAAACUGGAUGCUCUCUGGGUCUUGCUGCGGAAAGGUUACGACCGCGUAUCUGUGAUGCGCCCACAGCCAGGAGACAAGGGCCGUUGCAUCAAUUUCACCAGAGUGAAGAACACAGAGGCCCCACCCAAAUACCCGCUCAACAAUGCAUACCCUCCAUCAUCUCCACCUCCAGCACCUAUCUACAACCCCCCGCCCCCGGCUCCGAUCUAUACCCCUCCUCCACCCAGCUCACCCACACCCCACACCCCAUCCCCGUCCUCCACGCUCCCCCCACUCCCCCCACCGCCCCAAGCCCCACCACCCAACCGGGCCCCCCCUCCAUCUCGGCCCCCACCUCGCCCAACAGUCUAGGGGGUCGGCCUUACUCCCAUCUCUUCCACAAGCAUUGGAGAGGCUUUUUCAGCAGUACUGUAUCACAUCCAUCUUCCGGGGGGGUGGGGGGGUAGAGGAAGCCGGACCGUUUUUGAAAUGGGUGACAACAGAACAAACGACUCUGUAGUCAUCUUUCUCCUUUAGUUUUCUUUUAUUUUUAAAAUCCCUUGUGCAUCAGUGCCACCAAACUAUCGAAGCAAGAAAAGCCAAGAGACUGCAAGAACAAGGCAAAUAACUUGAGUUCCAUUUCAGCCAGGCUCUCCCCCCUCUUUGUCCCCGACACUUCUCUGUGCCUUACCACGGUGAUUCCAGGAUACAUUGAAAAAAAAGAAUUAGUAACUAGAGUAAGCUCUUCGGAAAGGCAAUUCUCCCCAGGGAAGGACUGCAAAAGACUCUUCCAAGUGCAGACAUCCCAGCUAGCUACCUGGAGACAACUGCACAAACUUCAUGGUACAAGACCCAAGGCAUGACAGAAAGCUGAUCCCAUCUCACUCACGUGCCAGCUGCCAAGCAAAUAAUGACAACGGCAGGUCUGCAAGUACAGAAACCCUUGUAAAUCCGAAAAGAAUUGAUGACAGGCAGCUGUUCCCAUGGACCAUGAAUUGGAGAAGGGAAGGUAUUGUCAUCUCAGAGGGUCCAGAAAGGAGAAGGGGUAGGUCUCUGGUGUCUGGAUUUGUGUAUGUUGGUAUGUGGAAGUGCAGGUGAAUGGAAAUGGAGUGCCACUAGGAAAACCAAUUACACGGAAAAAUAAACCAGUCGGUACGUCACAAGGCUUUGGCCCCACCCCCUGACGCCAGGUCAGCCUUCAGCGCUCCCAGUGGGACGGAGGAGUUCAUAAACUUUGAGCAAAGGAAUCUGGGAAAGGUACGGUCGACAGAAGAGUCUUUGCAUUCAGUUUAGGCUGAUCAUGUCCAUCAAGUUAAUAGCUCUGCAGUUCAGCAGUGUAAUUUAAUGCUUGUUUCCAUUUUAAAAGGAAAAAAGUUUCUGAAUAUAAACAACAUGUCAGGUGUAUCGAUUUCUCUAAAUCCAGUCUGCUUGGGCUCCUUGUUGUUGUCAGUUUGAAAUGGUUACCACUGAUGCAUUUCUGUUUUUUCUGUAAAUUGCGUUCUUUCGCCCUAGAAAUGUUUCCACGUGGAUUUUUAUUUUUUGUUUUCCUUUCCUGAAUAAGUAGCAGAUGCCUUCCAAACUCGUAGCGAAGAAGAGCCAGUGUGCUUACUCACUCCUGUCAGCUCUCAACAACACCACUUCUAUUAGCAGUUGUUGACUAAGGCAAAAAUAACACACCGGACAUGCAAGAUGGGAAUCAGUCUUCCAAGAAAUGCACUGGCUGCAUUUCUCCACGCUUUCUCCUCGCCUUCGUGGGACCCCCACCAUACUCCACAAUAUUACGUACGCACAUGUUUUAGCCUAUAGCAAACCUUCUGAGCACCUGCCUUUGCAACACAGUGCUAGAAAUAGGUGAGAUCACUCAGCACUUCAGUCACACCUCUGGCUCUCUGAUUUACUGUCAGGAUCAGUUCUCACAAAAUGACUCUCUCUCUCUGGAAAUUGCGAAGUCAUAAGGGGUAAACCGUCUUUGUAGCUGCCGUUCUAUGAAUAUCUAAGGGUUCUCAUAAUCAUAUAAUUUUUUACCAGAUAAAGGAAUGCUUUGCCACGUACUUACUUCAGUGCUGUUGGAAAUAUUAAUUCUAGCUUUUCUAGCAAAAAAAAAAAAAAAAGAAAAAAAGGAAAAAGAAAAAAAUGCUCAAGGAGGAAAAGGAACAGACGAAAAAGACUCAGUGGAGACUUGACCUGGGACCCUUCCGGUACGGGCAUUCGCGAAUGAGCCCUUACCACGAGACUCAGAGUCGGUCUGACUGUCAUUCGCCAGCCUUACCCACCGCUAGGUCAGCGUGUCGUCUGCCAGGUGAGAUAAGCACACCAGUCACGACGGGUCUGAAGCCAAGGCUGGCUGUUCUGCAAAAAGGCUGAUUAAUUCACCCACAACACUGUUUUGUCUGCAGGCAGCACAGAGCAGUCCCCAAUGAGGAGCAAACCCAAGAGUUUUGCUCCUCGCUACGUCAGAUUGUACCAGCUACAGGCCAUGGUUAGUUCAACAAGGCGACUUUGUGAUUGUCAGGUGGGAGUGGGAAGCUUUUAACACCCUGACACAAGUUUGGUUGGACUCCCUCUUGUGAUGGAAUGGAUCUAGCUAAAUAGCUGUUUGAUUUGGUGUCACGAUGAGAGGUGUAAAAACCGGGAAUAGUGUAAUACAGGAACAACAGAUAUUUCUCUUAACAUAUCCUCAGUAUUUCAAAAAUGUUUGGAAAGGAAAUUUUCACCAAUACGGCGCUGAGGAUUUUUUUUUUUUAAGUGACAUUUAGCCAAUAAAUCUAAACCUACUGCUGGGGAAAAAACCAAAAGCAGUGUACCCUCCAUGACUAAAGCUAACUUCUUGCAGAUGUACAUAGAAAUAGUCGUUCUCCCCAAACUAAGAAAAAAAGCCCCUGUGGUAAUAAAGAAGCAAAAUAAACCCUAGAUCAGGCUAGAAAAAUGAUAAUUUUAAAAUAGCCCCCAUGUAAUCAUCCAGUUUAUGAAUAAAAAACAACCUCCAAAUUUUUUGUUGUACAUAUUGUUACUGCAUGCUUACCAUAUGUUAGAUGGAAGCAUUUCCUAUCCGUUGUGGAUAAAAGAACAUUUUUCAAGUUGUAGUAAAUUAUUAUAAAGCCAAUGACAUUUCAUGGCAUGUUAUCGUAUCAAGCUGUGCUUGUUGUAUUUUUUUCUUUACGGUUGUAUUGCUUUUUUAUAAAUGUACAAAUAUUUCCUGUAGUGACGAACACCUAUUUUACAUAGCAUUAACUGCAGCGCUAGGGCUCCAGGCUGUACGCUCCCUCGAUCCACUGGCAAAGAGUUUUGCAUGUCGAUCCAGGGUGGGGUAUGGCCAGGGCGCAGUGGGUAGAGACAAACGGAAUGGGUGUGGGGUGCCGGGGUCAGUCGUGGUGGACCCUUGCUAACAUUCUCAGAAAAAUUAGAGCACAUUUGGUGGCAGACUUUGUACCUGCUCUUUUAUUUAGGCUCAGCCUAAAUGUGGCUGCUAAAAGGGCUUCCCAAAAGUACCGUACAUGCUUUUAAAAACCGUACUCCUUUUAUGCCGGUCUCUAAAGAUUAACUUAGGAACUCAACGCAAGGCGAUCAAGAGUGAAAAUUUGGUCCUGAAUUUAAAUCAGCUUCCACUGACAAUUAAUGCUAUGUAAAUGAGGUUGAACUAGCUGGUGUACUAUAUACUGAUAUAUGGUACCCUAUGUAUUCUCUGUCUAUAAAACCUUCCUAGAAACACAUUACACAGGCUAUCAAUCCACACUAGCCAAUUUUAAGUAAACGUUCAUUAUAGAUCAAAAGGAGUUGAGUGGCACUACGUCUGCUCUGCCAUUUCAAAAGACUUCAGCAGGUCUCACUGUUUACUAGUUGCACACGCUCCUAUACCGGCUGGUCUAAACAGCAGUAGGCAGAUGCCUGAUGGCAUUAAAUGGACAGUUGUUUCGUCUGCUCUAAACAGGUCACUCCGAUUACUCCCGUUGUUUUUCAUUCAUGCACACUUUCUGUCAGUGCGUCUUGCAGCCUCAAAGGACUAAGCAGCUGCAUUUAACAAAGAUUCAGAUUUUAUUUUAUUUUUUAAUUGCUAAAAUGCUACCAAUUGUUGCUGGCUGUUAUUUUGAAGCAUUCACCCACAUGAACUUUGUGGUCAUCCGAAUUCUCUCUCUACUCCUUGGUGUGUGAAGGCAUCUUCUGUCACUGUUUAUUUUGUGGAAGGUGGGGAAUGUCUGGCUUCUGAGAGCUCUGGCAAGAUCUGAGGGUAACCCGUCGGGAGCGUUGCCUUGUACGGGGCGCUGAUGCAGCAAAGGAAAAGGGACAAGCCUUCUCUUUUGAUGUUGAAUUACAGUUUGUCAGUUCAGCCAGUGCUGUGCAAAGAUGUUUUACUCCCUCUGUUUGUUGCAUGUGUCAUUUGUUAAAUUCAGUCAUUACUCUUGCUGACCUUGAUGUUAUUAUUAAAGAACUACACAAAUUUG